UCAGAGAAAUAGGACAUCAUGCAGCUGAAACAAGAAAAAGCUGUUGGCAGAAGUUAAAUGUUAAAAAGCUUGCAAGUCUUCAGUCCAAAUCAAAGCUGUGUAAUAAUAUGAGAAAUUUACAAUAACUUUAUAAAACAGAUAUUGAAAAGAGCACGUGAGCAUUGCCUUCUGGAAACAUUCACUCUGAUGAAUGUAAAUCUAAUACAGGAUACGUGACAAAUUAAAAUAUUAAACGUUCCAUUGUGAACAAAAAUGUAAAACUCAAAUUGUAAGGAGAAUUCCAUCUUCAGUAAAUAUUUGUAUUGACUGUGGAAUGAAAUGAACGUUUCAUUGUGGAAAUAAACGUUAAGGAGUGAAAACUUUGCACCAAUACGUGAAAAAUCUUGCCAUAUUAAAUAAGUACUUUAUUAGGAGGAAAUAAAACUGAAGGAAAGUGAGUAAAAGCUCAUUAUAAACAUAAUAUAUACAUAACAAGAAGGUGAGAGAAGAUGGAGUUCUUGAAGUCGAGGAGCACGACAGUGUUGCUGAAAGUUAUGUGUUCGUUGUUGAUCGUCAUGUUCAUCUACGCCUGCUACCAUAUGAGUGGCAGCGUAACACUCCGUACGUUAUGGGUUCAAGACGAAGUUCGACACAGACUUCGUGGACCGAUUUCUCCUGAUGACCCUCGAGUCCUGGACAUAUUGCGUCGCGAGCACCUGGUCCCGCCAUCUACCAAGCCCUACAAUUUGAAAAAUACAACUUUUGGUGAUGUCCCCUUCAUUCUAGACAACAUAAAGAAGCUAUUUGGCGACCAACGUGGGGGAUUCUUCGUGGAAUCAGGAGCCUUUGAUGGCGAAAUUGGAUCGAACACCCUCCGCCUGGAAAGAGAGUUAGGGUGGACAGGUCUGCUGAUCGAGGCCAACCCUGAGAACUACCAGAUGGUGACAACCAAGCACCGCAAGGCUUGGAUCUCCUUCUCUUGCUUGUCGACAGAGAAUCACCCGAAGGAGGAGGUGAUCGUCUCUCUACGUGAGAAAAAUAAUGCCGCCGAACGUCGCUGGUCCUCCUACCUCGUCGGCGUCAAGCUUAACACUACCAUCUACGAUGGUUAUAUAUCAUCCUCGAACAAGACGUAUUACGCCGUGCAGUGCUUCCCUCUAGCGUCCUACCUGUUGGCCCUCAAGGUGUCCACAGUGGACUUCCUCUCCCUGGACAUACAAGGGGCGGAGAAAAGUGUCCUCAAGAAUAUUCCCUGGGACAGAAUCACCAUCCGCGCCAUGGUGGUCGAGGAAGUCCACUUCAAGGACUUCAAUCACCAGUUUGUCGACGACAUGAAGAACAGAGGAUUCGUCCUGAUUGGCAAAAAUGGCUUCGACUAUUUUUUUGUGAAGGGAGACGACCCGAUCAUGAAAAAAGUCCAAGCAAUGCCCAUACCUCCAAAAAAUUAAACCUUCGAAGAGUUUGUAAUUAAUAUGUAGAAGCACAAGUGCCCAACCACUUGAACUGGUCGGUAUUGUGUAGGCGUUGCAUUUUGCUGGUUAAGAUUGUUAUUUGCUUAGCUAAACGAACUAGAGGGUUCAGUUCCUGAACCGAUUAUGUGCCUCUGUAAUCCUUUACACCACCGCCCACGGGAUGGAUAUGGGGUGCAUAAAAAAGAAAAAAAUUGAAUUGGCGUUCGAUUCCCUCAUGGUCAAAGUGGUUGGGCACAAUUCCUUCCCUCUAUCCUAUCCCUGAUCCACAUACACAUAUCUUUUCCAAAUGCUACAUACUCGUACUGACUUAGCAGCUUCUUCUGAGAACUAUAUCUCACUUUCCCCCAAAUCUUAGUCUGUCUCUUAUUGUAUGUCUCUUAUCCCUGUCAAAUACUAAAUCAUCAUUGCUUGGCACUUUCUUCCAAUAACUAGAGAUAUACAACCACCCUUGAAAUCAUAAAAUGUAUAUUCAAACAACACACAAUUAAAGAGCUGAGAUUCAUCAAUAUUCUAGCAGGAUAAUCCCAUUACAGAAAGUCUUUGAUCAUCGACAUAAAGAUGGCACCAAGAUUGAUAAUAUAGAUUAAGGCACCUAAAGAGAAUGGCACCUAAUUUACCAGAAAUUAUAUAUAACAUAAUAAUAUUCCUAUCUACUAAAGGUGUGAAAAUUUAUGAAAUAUUCAACUUAAUAAGUGUUAAUUUACAAUAUUUUCUUGUUAGCUGUUCAAACACUGUAUUGUAUAAUUCCUGCAAAAAUUAAACUUUUUGAUAUG